AAGUGCGUAUGUAACAGCGGACGUGACCUGCAGAAUCAUAUCCACGUUUGGAACCGGAAGGUGUUAAACACUUUUUAAUUUUUUGGCAAAGUCGAUAUUGUUGUAAAUUAUGGCGGGGAUUGUGUGUCGUAUUGCAAGCCGGGUUAUAUCGAGUCAAGCAGCAUGCAGUUCUGUGGUUGCUGUGAGACACAGUCACUGGUUCACAUCAGUGCUUUCUCUGAAAACCUCGAUGCCAUAAAGAGCAGAACCCAAGAAGAAGAAGAAGGUGGAUCCUCGGCGAGAGAUAAUGAUGAAGGAGCGCCUGAAGAAGAAGCUUAAAAGGCUGGAGAAAGUGCCACCGGAACUGAUUCCCAUCGAAGACUUUAUUACACCUGCUAAGUGCUUUGACGAGACCAGGAUCCGUGACGCUCCUAAACUCUGUUUCGAGGAGAGCGAGCGCAGAGCCCAUCUGCUGAAGGAAUGGUCCAGAUACAAGUACAGCCAGCACCAGACGGAGAUGGACACCAUCAACGAGGCUCUGGAGGCCCAGAGACAAGCGCUGGACGAGCUGAAGCUGGAGUCAGAAGAGCUUUAUAAAGCAGCGCUCAGCCCAGAUAUGGACUUGUUCCCUUUCCAGCACGAGGGGCCCAGUUACACGCCUCCCGUUACAAACUAUGAUGCUCCAGAGGGCAAAUACAACGACGUUACACGAGUGUACACACAGUGAGGUGAGCCUGGGAUCAGAAUAGAAGGGUCUUCUGGUCUGAUGAUGAAGAUGAAGAGCAGCAGCUGUCGAAACAUCAGAGAAAUGGACUGCGAAUCGUUGUUAUUCAUCUGUUUCAUUAAAUCAUCUUGCAAAUGAAUAUAUGUCAGAGUCAACAACUCAAGAGAGAGUUUGUGAAUGUGGAAUACACAAAUUGCAGUUGUUGGUGUGGUCUUUAAAUCAUGUGUUUUAUUAUUACACCUCAUUUCUGAUUUUGCAGCACAAUAAAUAAGGUCUCUAGUGAAACAGUAAAGGUGUGAAACUCUUGUAAAAACA